CCAAGCCUUGAAUCAGUUCACACUACGCCAUAUCAUCGGCUACGAACUACAAGUUGGCCCGGUACCUAUCGUCGCUAUAAUUUAUACCAGGCUCGUCUUCUAGCAUUGGAAAUAUGAGAUACAUUACCCCUAUCGUGGCUCUAAUCGCCCUUGUCUCUGCUCAGUACUUGUCCGAUAUUCCUGAAUGUGCCCUGCCUUGUAUCGAUACUGCAAGGGCUGGUAGUACCAAUUGCGAAUCUGAUGAUUAUAUCUGUAUCUGCGAGAACAAAAAUACGGUGGCAUCAGCUGGCACCAGCUGUGUUCUGAGGGCUUGCGGUAUUCAAGUAGCUACAAGUCAAGUCCUACCAGCCGUUAGUGCUUUUUGCGACGCCGUCCAAUCCAAUGCUAGUAGCAGCAGCAGUAGCAGCUCUAUGCCAGCAACAUCCACAGCCUCCACCACCUCCCCCCUUGCGUCAAGCGGCCUAUUCAGCAGUUCGGUCGGCUCCGUAUCCUCAGUAACGCCUAGUCAAACUAUUAUCUCGAACAGAACCUCCACCUCGAACGUCGGUACCAGUUCUACCGCCACCAACACCCCUACCACAGUCAGCUCGACCGGGUCCACCAUAGUAAUUAGCUCCCUAGCUAUUUUGGCUCUCGGCAUCGCCGCUACCCUAUGAGUUUUAUAUCUCGUAGAAUUACGGCAUAAUCGUGGUGGUGACGAGAUGUUAAGCAUCACACUCCUAAUCGUGUCAUGGUAGCAUACCGAUCCGUCUCAAGACGCAAAACGAUUCACCCAGUCGCUCUGGAUGAGGAGGCAUUUAAGACAUAUAAUCACAUGUGAAUAUAACUAAUCUAAUAUUUUUCAUCGAAGCCAUAUUUUCUCGCAUUGUCGCUAGCCUUAUAAAUAGCGCAUAAAGGACGUUCCACAAAUCGGAAAUUA